AUGGGCGUCGAUAUGGGCAAAGGGAGUUGCUAUGCGGCCGGAGUCCUAGUGGGAAUUGGCUGGUGGAUCCUAGCGGACGGUGCGGCUUCGGCGGCCUCUCGCGACUCGCACAUCUCUUUCGACAUUGUGAAGUACCUGCCAGGGACCGUCGCCACGCUCGCCUUCUUCCUGACGAACACGGUCAACUGGGACAUGCUGUCGGAAGACACGCGCUUUACUUAUGGCUCGGAAGUAGCCACUCGAGCGCGAUGCUUCGUCGUGUCCUGCAUGGCUCUGUCUGUUGCUUCGCUGGUGGCUUCGGUGGUGGUGUUUACACACACUUACGUAAACAAUGAGUACAACGAGUCGGCGUGGCCAGGUGCUGCUAUUGUGUUCCAGAAUGGAUUUAUAGUAAUGGGCACUUUUGUCAUGCGAGUCGGUACCAUCGCUGCCGCAUCGACGUAUUGA